AUCACAGCACCCUCAAUCCGAUGUGAGUGACGGACUAUCCAAUCGGCGCAUGCGUCUCACGAUCUAGCGUAGCAGAGUAAAGAUGGCGGCUGGCUCCAAUUUGCUGGAUGAUGUUUUCUUCAACGCGGAGGUAGACGAGAAAGUAGUUAGUGAUCUAGUUGGAUCUUUGGAGUCUGAGCUCACGGGAUCGGGUCGCGGAAACUCGGCGGUCAGGGUCCAGGCUGCAGCAAAUCAUAUUGACAACACCGCUGUAGGUGGUAAUUCCAAUGUCCAGGACAACAAAAUUGGACUUUCACAAGAGCUUGCUACACCAGGGACUUGCGUACAAGGGGGUGUCAUUAGUACGAGAUCCGAGGGUUCAACCAUGGAUGCAGCGACCGGGACGACGGCGCCGGGAACGAGCAUGACUGCUAGGCACAGUCAAAGCCAGACUGGGACAUUCAGUGAUGCGGUAACGGCGGUUUCCAAUCCCAGGACAACGAUCGAAAAGACUGGGCCGGCUGGUGUACAAACUUUAAAUGGAAGUAGCGUUCUGAUGAAUUCUCAAAAUUCCGAACAUGUAACCACUUUGGUUAGCUCAGCAAGCUGCACAGUGCCUGCCCUCACGGUUGUCAACAACGGACCAGGCUCCGUGGCCAAGGGAAACGCUAUUUUACCCUCAACUUCCAGCACUGUCAUUCAAACCUCUCUGAUGCAAAAUGCUGUCACUCCAACUGUUAUAUCGUCUCUGCCGUCUGUGCUAAACAGUGUUCCCACUGUCACGCUCGUGAGGCCGCCUAUGCAAACCCCCGGAAUAGUCCCCUCGCAGAGCAGGAGCAGUAAUGCCUUUCUGACUACAUCUGUCAGUGUCUCCCAUCCUGCAAUUUCAGGAGCUCACAUCAACACGUUGGAUUCAUCAAAAACUAUCAUACAAACGACUUCACCGGUCACAACUCCCAGUGUUGUGAUGGGGGCACCAGCAGUUUUACAAAAUGUGAGGACCACAAUCGCAUCGAGUAUUGCAGCCAGUCCUUGCGGGAUAAGGGCGAUUGCACCUCAGGUGCUUGCCCCUAGACAUCCACUACCACAACAGAAUGCUCCAAACAUCCAUAACAUUCAGCUCCCUCCAGGGAUGGUGUUGGUGCGCCAUGAGAAUGGCCAGCUUUUGAUGAUCCACCAGCAGACUCUGGCCCAGAUGCAGGCUCAGUCUCAGUCCCAGAGUGCCAUGACUCCACGGCCGGCCACCACCAACAGCACUCCCCCUGCCCAGAUCUCUUCUGUUCAGGGCACCAUUAUGCUGGGGGGAGCGGCUGCCACGCCCGGCCACACCCCAGUGCAGCCAGGCUUGGCUGCCGCACUCACACAGAGAGCAGGAACCCCUGGAGCUACCGGGACAUCAGGGACCCCCACAGCCUCCAACAUCACGGAAACCCUGGACAAUGUAAAGAAAUGCAAGAACUUCCUGUCCACGCUGAUCAAGCUGGCAUCGAGUGGGAAGCAGUCUGCUGAGACCACAGCCAACGUCAAGCAGCUGGUCAAGAGCCUGCUGGAGGGUCACAUUGAAGUAGAGGACUUCACCAGUCGGUUAUACCAGGAGCUCAACUCUUCUCCCCAGCCAUAUCUUGUGCCUUUCCUCAAGAGGAGUCUCCCUGCGCUGCGUCAGAUGACCCCGGACUCGGCAGCCUUCAUCCAGCAGAGCCAACUACCCCAGGCCAGCGUCAAGCCUGCCUCCUCCUCUGCCCUGACUGCUGUGGUACUAGGGGGGGCGUCCAUAGCGCAGAGACAACCUCAGAACAGCAGCACCACUAGCAGCCCCGGAGCCAAGGGGACCCUGCCGCAGUCCCCUGGCAUUAGCCUGGCCCAGACACCUCAGAGCAAGCCUGGCCUGAUUACGUCCCAGCAGCAGGGGGCGAUGGCGAGGCCCCGGGGGACUCUGGCCCAGUCACCUGUGGUUCCGCUCCGAGGCCAGCACAACAGCCGCAUCGUCAUGGGACAGACACAUGUGGUCAAACCGCUACAAACAGUUUCUGUAGUGAAGCAGGCUCUAGCCCCAGGCACCAAGGUGACAGUGGGGCCCCUGUCUAUGGCCUCUGUAGCCCAGAAGAACAAGCUGAAAGAGGCUGGCGGAGGAACCUUCAAGGAUGAUGAUGACAUCAACGACGUGGCCUCCAUGGCUGGAGUCAACCUAUCAGAGGAGAGUGCCCGUAUCCUGGCAACCAACUCUGAGCUGGUUGGUAGUGUGACCCGCUCCUGUAAGGACGAGGCAUUCCUCUACACCUCUUCCUUGACCCGACGAGUACAGGAGAUAGGCCGAAGGUUUGGGGUGACUGACCUUGGGCCUGAGGUAAUCAACUACGUUUCCCACGCUACACAGCAGCGGCUGCAGGACUUGCUGGAGAAAGCAUCUGAGGUGGCGCAACAGAGAAACAUCACGUUCAAGGAGGAGGAUAAGCACGACCAGACGAGCGAUGUGAGAGCCCAGCUCAAGUUCUUUGAGCAACUGGAUCAGAUGGAGAGACAGAGGAAGGAGGAGCAGGAGAGAGAGAUCCUGAUGAAGGCCGCCAAGUCUCGAUCACGGCAGGAGGACCCGGAACAGCUUCGACUGAAACAGAAGGCCAAAGAGAUGCAACAGCAGGAGCUAAACCAGAUCAGGCAGAGGGAGGCCAACAUGACGGCCCUGGCAGCCAUCGGUCCAAGGAAGAAACGCAAAAUGGACUCCCCCUUAAGCGGAGCAACGGCUGAGGGGACGGGUUCUGGUCCCUCUCCUUCAGCUGGAGCCAAUAGUGGAGGUUCCAGACCUCAGCGCCAGCGUAUCACCAGGGUCAAUCUCAGGGACCUGCUCUUCUGUCUGGAGAAAGAGAGAGAGAGUAGCCGUUCACACCUUCUUUACAGAGGCUUCCUUAAAUAACCCAAGGAGAGACCAGCCAAUCCCAACAAAAGACAGCACCCAACUUGAGAGAAGCCAGUUACACAGAUAUACCUAAUGCUUUUACCAAGUAGACCUUGCCUUAUUCAAAAAACCAAGAGACAUGGAUCACUUCACAGCACCUGUUUGGAGUUGAACAAAAAUACCAUACAUAUUUGGCCAUUUUGGAAGAGAUAAAGGUGAACAUGUUGACCUAGUUGGCACAGCCCACUAUUCAGGACACCGGUUUCUUCAUCAAUGGAAGAGAGGAACAGCUGAGAUUAAUACCAUUCGAAAGCUUACAAACAGGAUUUUCAAAUCUAUUUCCUGAUUUUUUUCAAUAGAACGUGUCAUUUAGGAACCUUGAGAGUAAAUUAUUGAUUUAUUUUUUGUCUUUAUAUUGGCAUGUUUUGUUCCUUAGUUUCACAUCAUCUGAUGUUUUUGGUUUGUUGUCGAUUUUCUUUAUUUAGUUUUGUUUUUGACUAAAACAACACCAACCUGUAUUCAACAGGAUGUUGUGUUCUAACGAAAAAGACAAAC